UUUCCGCCAGCUUGCUUCAGAUUCAGUCGAGUUUCCAAGGAGAGAAAUAUCAGCCGCGCGCGGAGAGGACGCGCUUCAGCUCGGACGGGACUGCUCAGAGCAAACACCCACACACUCGGGGCUGACCUUUGACCUCUGGGACAUUUUGGGGUCCGGGCGGGAAGCUCGCGGACGGUGUAGACCCGGGACAGGCUGCCAUGGCCCGGCCGAGGAAGAAAAGCUGCUCUGGGUGCUGAACAUGAAGCUCCGCGGGGGGAGACAGAGAGAGCGCAGACUGCAGUAACACACGGAGGGAGAGGAGGGACUUUAAUUCAGGAGAGAAGAAGAAGAAGAGGAGGAUGAAGAUGGGAGGGAUAGUGGAGCUGCUGGGCAUCAGCUGGCUCCUCUUCCUCCUGCUGAUCAUUGGAAACGGUCACUGCAGAGGUGAGCGGGGUGAGGAAGAGCACGACUCUCACCAGACCGAGCACCUAUCCUCCUAUCAGCUGACUGUCCCUCGACCAAUCGGAGGCAGGCUGAGGAGGGACGUGAAUGGAAGACUGCCCAAUCAGGUGUCCUACAUCAUCAGCGUGGAUGGAAGCGAUCACGUCGUCCAUCUGGAGAGAAACGAGCUGCUGCUGCCUGCAGACUUCACCGUGUUCUCCUACAGUCCUGACGGAUCCCUGGUCACAUCCACGCCACCUGUCCAGGACCACUGUCACUAUCGCGGCUUCGUCCAGGGCGUGGAGGGCUCAUCCGUCGCCAUGAGCAUCUGCAACGGCCUCAGAGGAGUGAUGCACCUCAGUGAUGGCAGCUAUGGGAUUGAGCCGCUAGACUCCACCCCCGACCAGCACCUGGUGUACCGCCUGCAGGAUGUGACAUCACAGCCCCGAGGGUGCCAAACGCCGCACUACGAGCAUGGCCACAACUCUACAGAGCGUGCUCAGUCCAGCUGGGAGGACAUCCCUCACGGGCAGCACAGAAGGGUGAGGAGAGCCGUCCUCCACAAGACGCACUACGUGGAGCUGCUGCUGGUGGUCGACAAAGAGAGGUUUAACUUCAUGAACAGGAACGCGACGGCAGUCAGGGAGGAGAUGGUUCUGCUCGCCAACCUCGUGGACAGCAUCUACAUGCAGCUGAAUAUCCGGGUGGUUCUGGUUGGUCUGGAGAUCUGGAAUCAGCAGAACCAGAUCAGCACCGACGGAUCGGCUGGAGAAGUCCUGAGUCGCUUCACCCAGUGGAGGGAGAAGGAGCUGAUUCCUCGCCGCCGCCAUGACUCAGCACAGCUCAUCCUGAGGAAGAAUUUUGGACAGACGGCCGGGAUGGCGUUCGUCUCCACUGUCUGCUCCAGGAGUCACGGAGGCGGGAUCAACGCGUUCAACAACAACGUCGUGGGCUCGUUCGCCUCCAUCGUGGCUCACGAGCUCGGCCACAACCUCGGCAUGAACCACGACGACGGCCGACAGUGCACGUGCCCCAGCGGCGCCUGCAUCAUGAACUCCGGAGCCACAGGGUCAAAGAACUUCAGCAGCUGUAGCGCCGAUGACUUUGAGAAGAUGAUCCUGCUGACGGGGGGGGCGUGUCUGCUGAACGUCCCGCGGCCCGACGAGGCCUACAGCGCCCCCUACUGCGGAAACAGGCUGGUGGACUUCGGGGAGGAGUGCGACUGUGGCUCAGAGAAGGAGUGUGAGGAGGACCCCUGCUGUGAGUAUCGGACCUGUAAGCUGAAGUCUGGAGCUCAGUGUGCGUACGGCGAGUGCUGCUCCAACUGUCAGUUCCUGCCGGGGGGAACCGUGUGUCGCGCCAGCACAGAUGAGUGUGACCUGCCCGAGUUCUGUAACGGCUCCUCGUCCCUGUGUCAGAGCGACGUCUUCAUCCAGAACGGGCAGCCCUGCAGGAACCAGGAGGCCUACUGUUACAACGGGAAGUGUCAGCACUACGACAGCCAGUGUCAGGCCAUCUUUGGAGACAAGGCGAAGGCAGCUCCUGAGCUCUGCUUCAAAGAAGUCAACAGCAAAGGAGAUCGCUUCGGCAACUGUGGCUACCUCAACAACGGCUUCAAGAAGUGCGAGAGCAGAAACGCCAUGUGUGGGAAACUGCAGUGCUCCAACGUUCAGGCGAAGACGGUGUUUGGCAUCGAGCCGUCGAUCAUCAGCACGCCGAUCACCGGAGGGAAAUGCUACGGCGUGGACUUCAUGCUGGGGUCGGACGUCCCCGACCCCGGGAUGGUGAACGAAGGGACCAAGUGUGGAGAGAACAAGGUGUGUGUGAACUUUGAGUGCCGCGGCGCCGACGUCCUGAGCUACAAUUGCGACGUGCAGACCAAAUGUCACGGACACGGGGUGUGCAACAGCAACAGGAACUGCCACUGCGACUAUGGCUGGGAUCCGCCUUUCUGCGAGUUAUCGGGUUACGGUGGAAGCGUUGACAGCGGACCCACGUGGAACGAUAAGGACACGUCUCUCAGGGACGGCCUGCUCGUCCUCUUCUUCUUCGUCCUCCCGCUGCUCGCUCUCGGCGUCUUCGUUUUCCUGCGCAGGAACGAGCUGCUGCGGCGACUCGGGCUGAGCCGCAGGAAGAGGUCGCAGGGAUAUGAGGCUGACGGCAUGGCUUCAGCCAAUCACAGCAGGAGACCGCCUCCCAGAGUGCAGCCUCCAUCUGUUGCCCGGGGUAACACCAAUAACAUCGUCAGAGACGGGCACCACGCUCAGCUGCUGCCACCACAAGAGAAAACCAAAACCUUCUGCUGCAUCACAACCUCUGGUGCCUCAAAGACCUGCGCCCGCGCCUCCUGUUUAACCAAUCAGGAGUCUUCUAACGACACCUGGACGACCUCCCCCCCCCCCACCCACACACACACACACACACACACACCCGCUUAUCUUCAAACCCUUCCAAGCGAACUCGGAGCUACUUCCUUAGCAACAGCCAGAAACAAUCAGAAACAAUUCUGUAGCCAUGAUAACCGCCAGCCGGCCAGACUGCACGGCCAUCGCAGUAAAAUGGAUCCAGGUGGACCGGACGAGGAACUUUGCAGAACCUUCAGGAACCCAGCAGGUCCAAACUGGAGCCACUGCUGUUCUCUAACCUAACCAACCCGAAGCCUGCUUAAGUAUUUUUAAACUUUCUGAUUUAGUCAUGUGACCUUUCAAACAAGGUAUAGCAAGUAUAGCAGGCCAUGUGGGCCUCUCUCUCUGAUUGGCUGGUUUGUAGUUGUGGGUGGAGCAUGCAUCUGAGCACUGGUUUGUUUCUUUUCUGUCUCUGAAUGAAAGCACUGAUAGCGCGGCCCGUCUGCUCAGCACUGUUUCAGGAAUGUAACGCACCCUCCUGCGGUUGUGUGCCGGUGCGUUUGGUUUCUAUCGUCUGGCUCGCCCUGCGUUCGCUCCCUCGCUCUUCACAGAACUGUAAAUCUACGAUAUGCAAACAGCGUCUGAGCGCGUAGCUCCUCUGGUCUCAGUUCGUCAUGCAGCAUGGCGCCGUCUCUGCAGGGAACGUACACUCACCAGGCGAGGCUGCUCGUUAUGCCUCUACUGUCCAGGUAUUUCCACCAGUUAAAAUAUGAGUCUGAGCUUGCAAAGCAUUCUGGGAACCGUAGGCAGUCACAUUUAGUACAAGCAAAGUGGAUUAAUCACAUAUGGAGGAUAAAAGAUUCCUAAUCAUCUGUUAGAAUUGAAACUAAAUGAGAUGAUGUGAGUUCAGACCUGCACUGAGAACAUGUUCACUACAAGUCUGGGCUCAAACUGAACAGCAGUACCAGCUCCUCCCAACAUCGUUCAUUUCUUUCUUUCAAAGACUUUAUAAAACACUCAUUCCUGAUAAUUAUUACCAGUAUGACUGACUCAAUGGGGCUUUUUUUAAAAUGUGUCGCUCUUCUGUUAAGGUUGAAGCUUUUUGCAGAUCCACAUGUUUCUUCUGGGGGGACACAGACCCCGUUUCACCACUGUUUAAAAAUGAAUUGUGUCCAGUGGAAGCAGAACUUUAGCAGAAACAUGAACUUGGGUGUAGCCUGCCAAGCAUUCACACUGAGAGUGUGUGACGGCGUCUGAAGGUGGAACAAAGUCCUUUAAAUUCUCGGCAAUAAUGUCCCGAGAGCGUCCACGCUUCCUGUCCCGAGCGAGCGGCGAUCACGCUGAACUCUUCCCGCGUUCAGGGCGUCUGAUUCAAACCAGGGAUUUUUACACCACCGGUGAACCAAAUGCUUGUGUUCUGCAGCUGACGAGCCUGGAUGCACUGUGCUGUGUAACCACGUUGGUAUUUUUAAAUGUCUUUUUUCACUUACUUUGCUCGUUUGAGGGUUUUUGCACAGAAACUGAGGACUCCACUGAGGAUGUUGAUGCGUCGCUCACGAGGCUAUUUUAGUGCCAUUUGACUGUUCAUGCCAAAAAAAUAAACCGUAGUCUGUGCUGAGCUCCUGAGUGAAGACAGUCGGACGCAGUUAUUUAAAGAGCUGAGAGCAGCUGAAGCUUCAGGUUACAGGCAGCUGCUGACUGCAGCGUUUAAAGGGGACCCGUUCUUAUCAUUUCCACCUCUGCACUUUGUCAGAGUAGCUUGGCGUGAUUCACAACUUAAAAUAAUCCAAAUUUUCCUAAUGCAGUCAAAGCUUCGCGAUAUCUCCACGGUCCAGUUAGCUUCGGGGUGCAGAGUCAGUUUGGAGUUUGUGGGAUUACUUCGCUCAUAAUUUAGCAAAGUCUCUGCUCCUUUUAGCUAGCUGGCUUAAAGUUAGCUGAUGUGAAAGGUUUGUGGUGUAUAUGCGUUUGGAAGUUUGGCCACGUUAAAUAUGAAUUUUAAAAAAAUUGUAAAAUCAAAAGUCUUGGUGCUCGGCAGCCAUCUUGGUAAUUUAAAGUGUUUAUUUCUCCAGGUUACACUAACUUUAACCUCCUAAGACCCGAACUCUUCCACAGCAUGCAUUUUUAAUUUCUCUUUGAUAUUUGGGCUGAUUGGGACCCGAUGAAUGUAAAAACAAAGAGUUACCAGAUUUUUUUUUUUUACCUGAUUUUUGUUUCUAAGAACAAUGAGAGCCGCAUAUGAGGAUAUUCGUUUAAAAUUUCGAUAGAACAGUAGCAGUAUAAUGUCCUCGUAAGUGGAUAUCAGGCCCCUGUAGAGCAAAAUUGAGUAUUUUGGUCUAAAUAACCCAAAAUGUGAUGUGUGGACGCCAGGUCCUAGGAGGUUAAGACCCUCAUUUCAUGAAAUUGGGUGAAUACAAGUACUUUUACCAAAAACCCCAAACGGGUAAAAGGUCUCUGUCAGCACAGCUGGUGGUCCGGGUGGAAAAAGCUUUAAGUGUUAUUUUGGGUCAGCACAGGCCAACGUGAAGCGGUCCCCUUUAAAGCCGAUCAGCCAAUCAGACGUCCUCAGUGGGGUUACAUUCAUACUGAACCUGUGUAAAAGAUUUCAUUUUCUCUUAUUAUGAAUGAUUUAAUCAUUUUUUUGCUUUUCACCUGUAAUCUGUGGUCAUUUGAACAUUUAAUUAUUAACGUUGCUGCGUGGCGUGGAAGCCUCCGCGCUGACUGAUGGUUUUUAUGAUUCGAUGGAUGAUCUCUCACCUGUUGGACAACUUCCUGUUUCCUGUUGGACAGGUUCGGGUUGUUACAGCCAGUGGAGCUCAAACUUGUGCUGCUUGCUGUGAAAACCAAACCUGGAAGAAUAAAGGUCCUUCAGCUGAACAUGAUAAUUUAAUGAACUCUGUUCAUACAGACUGUGAUUUGUUUGCUUUCAGACUUAAUAAAGGUGCACAGAAAAUGGUU